UGCUGUUAUGUAAAAACAUGCUGAAGUGAGCCGUAGUUUGCAGGAGCUCUGCUGAAUGCUUGGCACGCCUUACUUCGCCCUAAAAACCAGUAAUGUAGUUUAAAGUGUUACCGAGAGAUUUUUUUUACGCGUGGCGCACGGAGCAGCGCAGUUUGGAGUAAGGAGGAGGAAAAAAAAGGCUUCACCCGAUCAACUCAACAUGAGUCGCCUUCCACUCUGUUUUCCUCCUUCACUUGCGGGAAGCGUACACCUGACGCAUCACUCUCUCGGCCUGUGGAAGUGAUCUUUCUUUCUGAAAAUCGUCUCUGCGGGGUUAUUUUUCCAGUCUUCGAAACGAGCGUAUGGACCCAUUUGAUCAUCCAUGAUGAUACUUUCUGAAGGCCCUCUCUGAGCUGAGACACACCAUCAUAAGACCCUGUGGAUGAAGAGAAGGUGGUGUAUCUGCUUCCGGACGCUGAGACCAUGGUGAAAGCUCAGCGGAGCCAGCCAGUGAAAUGCGGGAAGCCCCGGAAGGAGAAGGGAAGCAAGGAAAAAGGAGGGGGUGUGAAAAAGGGGAAAGAGAGAAAGAAUGAGCUGAAAGGAAAGAAAAAAAAUGAUAAGAAAGAGUCACAUCGACGUAGGAAGAAGACACUGGUGGUGGGCGAUGGAGACGCACUGGACUGCUGCGUCCUGCUCACCCGUCUGGAGGAGAAGGGAGUCGUAGGAAAAGAGAAGGAUGCAACAAAAGCUGGGAAACAAAAAAGCGUUAAAGUCAAAAAGAAGCUGCACUCCAGCUCCAUUCAAAGAAGGACCAAAUCGGGACAAAAGAAAUCUUCCACAGCCAAUCAACAUGCACUGGAACCAAAAAUCAACCAAUCUGACGCCUUACUCUUGUUGCCCUCGCUUGUCCUCGAGCCCCGCAGGCGGAGAAUGGCCUCUCUUAACGCUGAGGCUGUUAACAGCUUGCUGCUCUACAGAGACGACUCUCUCGUGUCAAGUCUCGAGAAGAAACCACCUUCUUCUAAUGAAGGUCCAGCUAAAGACAGUCUCACUAAAACUGAACAUAGAGGUCAUAAAACCAAAAAGGUUUUUUCUGGAGGGAAAGCAGUGCUAAGAGAGAAACCUAAAAAACAGAAGAGGUCAUCAGUGGAAGCUCUUAACAUCGACUGGCUGAGUUUGUUUACGCCAACCCCUCGGCGUCAGGCAGGCCUCACGGCUGCAACACUGCUCAAACUCACCAGUGCUCGGUAUGGAACCAAACGGCAAAAGAAGUCGGAGGCCAAGUCAGGGAGUGGAAGUGAAACAGCAGCUACGACUCAGAAUGAGAUUAACGGUAAACCCCUGUGUGGAGGAACAACGCAGACCAAAAGAAUAACGCAUCCCAAAUAUGAGGAUCAACUAAAGCACAGACAACAGGGUACAGAGGAUCCGGCUCAUUCCCAGCUGGGCCCUAACAUCCAGGGAUGCUGUAGUUUAUGUAAGACAGAGGCUUUGGAUCCUGAGUGGAAAGGCGCCACAGGGGGGCAGGAGUGUCUCAAACAUUCUCUCCACUGUGGCUCUGCACUGGGAUUCUCCUUAAAAACAAUCAAAGAGGAGCAGGUGGAGACUGAGGUGUCCUCCUGCUACUGCUGUUCCCAGGAGAGGUGUGUCGAGUACUGUCACAGGCUGGCCCUCUUCCUGGAAGACAAGACCUUCAAGGAACCAGAGGACGGCUCGCUGUCCGACGUGUUCCACCACCACCAUCACCACCAUCACCAUCAUCACCACCAUCUUCAGUCUCCUCAUUCUGUAGCCCACCCUGCAGCCAUAACCAUCAGUCCGCACACGUACACCUGUUUCCCUGGCUACUACGUCCACUUCAGCCACCCGGACGCCUCCACCACCCCUGUAUCACCCCUCGCUUUAUGCGCAAGGAGCGGCAAGAAGCCCAAACUACUCCCCAGCACAGGUCCGCAGCCCUCAGGGAUUAGCCAUCCAGUGUACUGCUGUACCUCAGUGGAGGCGUGCUAUGGAGAGCCAUGCAGGAUCAACGGCUACUCCGCUUAUACCAGUGUGAUUCCAGCCAUCGCCAGAGGAGGGUGUUCCUUCAGCCCCGCAGACUGCACCAACUGUAACCAUGGCAUCAAACGAGACCCAUCAACCCUCAGUGACCAUCACAGCCCCUCCUCCAUCCCCAUCUCUCCCAGCCCCAGAAUCCUCACUGGCUGCCCUAUUCCCGCUGUGCCUCCAGCCGGCCAAUCAGUGCCCCAUGUUCAGACUCCGCUGUCCGACCCCAGCCAACCACAGCCUCCGCUGCAGGUGGCGAAGGAGUGCCCUCAAAGUGCCAAGCCGCCCAGCGGGUCGAGGUCUGGCGCACGCGGCACCGGCAGCAUCAGCUCGGCUGUCUGCCCUCUCAACAGGGACAAGAAACAGAAGCUCAGCUCGCCCAGUGUCAGAGAGCGACCGGUUGCCAAGCAGCCGAAGAACGGCCGCCAAAAAACCACCAACGGCUGGCGGCCAGUUGGCCUGCCCUUUCAGAAGGAGGUUUUCUCUGUGGGAGAGGAGACUCUGGUGCUGAGGAAGUGUUUUGAGGGAGUCCAGAGGGACGGAGAGCUGAUUCGGGUCAGAGACACUGUUCUGCUGAAAUCUGGUCCUAGGAAGAAGUCUCUACCUUAUGUGGCCAAGAUCUCAGCUCUGUGGGAAGAGCCAGAGUCAGGAGAGCUAAUGAUGAGUUUGUUUUGGUACUACCGUCCAGAACACACACAGGGGGGACGCAACCCCAGCAUGCAUUGUGAGAAUGAGAUCUUUGCGUCUCGUCACCAGGAUGUGAACAGUGUGGCCUGUAUUGAAGACAAAUGCUAUGUCCUAACAUUGGCACAGUAUUGUCGAUUUUGUGCCUUGGUAAAACGCCGUAGGGAGGGUGUACAUGACAGUGCUGCCUCCCUCAUGGUGCCACCCAUUGUUGGUAACGCCAUGCCCACCCACCACUGUGUGCCCGAUGACAUCGACCCAGAGCUGGUGUUUUUCAGUCGACACGUCUAUGACUUCCGCUAUGGACGCCUCCUCAAGAACCUGCAGUAGCAUCUGACAGGCAUGACACAUUAUGCUAUGGGACGUGAGUUAAUGUUACUCUGAUUUCAUCCUCUGCAACUUUAAUUAGCUACAAACCUACCUGCUGCCUCUGUGAGAGAGAAACUGGAAGUUUAGGAUGAAGGAGACAUGAGCUUAUUUUGAUUUCACAUCUCUUGUUCAUACUUAACAUGUCGCACAUUUAUUUAGUAAGAGUACUGGUCUGACAUAUUGUGUAAGAGUUAUUAUGGCAGUGUAAAUGGUCUUUAUCAUACAUGCCUCUCUGGUGUUGUAGCAGCUGUGUGAAGAACCUGGAACAUACUCUGCUGUAGAAAAUGCUACUGUAGCUCUUAGAAAUGUGACAUUUGAUAGAUAUGAAGAGAGGUUAAUGUUACAUGUGAAUAAUGUUACUAUCUGCCUGCAGAUAUCAAACACACAACGUCUCAGUGAUUCGCCAUAGAUAAGGAAAAUCUGACGCAUAUUUUGUCGAAACAAAGAGAUAUCUGAGUGGCUGAAGACUUAAUCAGAUUCAUCAUCAGAUUCCUCUGUAAUCUGACUCUGAUCAGUGUCCAUCUGAACGUAGAAAUAUGCAGUUUUCUACAAGGCACUCUAUACUGAAGAUUUGCAGAAAAGCUCUGGAGCUAACAUCUGUGUUCAGGAUGUUUUUAAGAAAUAGUUAACAUUUUUUUUCAGUUUUAUUAUCACUGAUUUCAUGCACAUCAAACAAUGAAAUACGAAAGUCUUUUGGCCACAUCUCUUGUGAGAUUCUAAGAUAAUUAUUAGGUUUUAUGUCAAAUCUGUGACUCUGAAAUUCCCUUCAGCUGUGAUUUUCACACUGUAGGACAGACGUGCACUCUACAAAGAAAGCACAGUUGAGUUUGUUUGGUUUCGCAGUGUGAAGAUGUUCAACGAGCUGAGCAUUGAGGGAAUUUUUGUUAUGCCAAUGCUGAGGAAUAUUUUACUUUCUCAAAGCUGUUUGCCAGAGGUGUGAUUUGACUCUGGUGACAGCUAACUGUAUAUUUGCAUUUAUAUGUCUGGAUGAGUGUCUGUCCCUGGCAGAUGGCAUCAGUUAGUCACCUAUAUUCUUGUUUCUUCACCAGUGCGAUGGUGAGUAAUGUAUUCAGUGUAGCAUUUAAAUCUGUGAUAAUGAUUCAUUCCUAUGUUUAAGAGAAGAUAUGUAUUUAUUUCUGUACUGAGAAGAUAUAAUUUAUUUUCAAAAGAUAAUUUUAAAGAAUAGAGUUUUAGAUGAGUGGCUUUCAUUCCUGAGUAGAAAGAAGGUUGUCUCUCCUUCUUAGCUGCACUGUCUAAGAUGAAAAGUGUGUGAGUCAUUUGCAAUAGUAUUUCUGUGACUGUUUGAGCUUGCUUGCCCAAUACAAGUCUAUUAAAUGUUGUGUUGAGAUGUUGAAGUCCUCCAGGCAGUUUUGAGGACACAUCUGGAGUAUUUGGAAGGAUAUCAGAUACAAUUUGAAGGACACCACCUGCUAACGUAACCAGAGAUGCUUAACCUGCAGGACCAAAGCGUACCUUGGCCUCUCCCAGCUUCCUGCCAUUCUCCUUUCACGUCUCCUCAGAUGAUAAAGCUUUGCCUCUUCACCUUUAAAAGCAGAAUGCUACAAUGAUUUAAACAUACCUUGCCAUUAGCCUGUGCCCUUGAUCUUGCUGCCUUAUAGAACAUUCCCAGCCUUUCAUUUAGAAAUGUGUACCAAUCUCAGCCUGGGAUUGUGAAGCUUCUUAGUGUGCUGACCUUGAUUCCUAGAUGCUUGAAAUGCAUCUCAGGUCCAUCUCAUUCAUGUGAUCUGAAACGCAAAAGUGACACUUGAUCAACACUUUUAUUUUGACAAAUGUCUGCACGUUUCAUUCAGACUUACAGUGAUUAGUAUCAAACACCUGAAGACUAGAUGGCUGUUAAAAGAAUAGUUUGACAUUUUUAAAAAUACGCUUAUUCGCAUUCUUGCAGAGCAACGCAUGAAAGGAUUGAAACCGCUCUCGUAUUUGUACACCUAAGGUGUAGAUGGAGCCAUGAGCCAUGAGUUAGUUUAGCUUACCAUAAGGUCUUGAAGCAUGGGGAAACGGUUAGCCCUGCUUUCAGUCUUUAUGCCAAACUAAGCUAACCAACUAGCGGCUGUGCUUCAUAUUUGACAUGCAGACAUGAGAAUGAUCUUGGUCUUUUCAUCUAACUCUCUACAAGAAUGCAUUUUUUUCCCAAAAUGUCAAACAUUUCUUUUAAGUUUGUAGUUUUACCGUUCUCAAAUGGCUGUGGUUAGCUUGAUUUGUAACAGUGGCUAUGAAUUGUACUCGGUUUGUUAAAAAAAAAAGUCCAUCGAAACUCUCUUAACCACUUCUUCAGGCUAAUCCACCUCUUAACUGUCCAUCUGCAGGCUCAUUAUUUUCCAAACUUACCACAUUUUUGCCAAAAUUUUGCUAAAGAGUGUUUUUGGCAGAGCUUUGUGGAUGGUGAUAGCACAACACAGAGGUGGUAUAUUUUGCCAUCAACACCGAAGAAAUGGAUUAUGCAGGAUUAUUUGAGACGUUACAAGUCAUUUGCUGUGCUUCGACACUCAGCAUUUGAAUACUUGGUAUCCAACAUGCUGUAAGCUGCCGGCAAGCGCUGUUCUACAUGAAGGAGAAAAAUACAUUAAGGGCCACUGUACAAGCACAGUGGGUGAGUCUUUGAUAGUCAAGAGAUUUUGGGUGUACUAUCACUUGAAACUACCCACAUCCUGUCUACUUCUGCUUUACUCUCUGUACAAAGGGUGGGGUGGAUUCAAUUUGUUAAUUUACAAAAAUAGAAUUCACUGUAAUUAAUGGAUUCAUAUUUGACUUUCAAACAAGUCUCCUUGGAUGAAUAUAUUCAUAUCGGUUAAUUCAAUUCAGUAAGCUAAAAUAGAGAGAAUAGACUGACAUUUCAGUCUGCCUUUCUCAGUAAACCAAAGGUAAUCAGUCUGUAUCAAAAUGGUAGAAAAACCUCUCCACUCAUUGAAACGUUUUAUGGAAUAUUAUUGCAUGAUAGAUGUAGCAAAGCCCACACAGCACAAUACUACAAGGCAGAUUUGGGUAAACUACAUUUGGUUUGAUUUCAAUUUCAAAUCCCACAGGGGAUCAGUGUUAGAAACCACACACAGUACAUAUUAUGGCCUUAGGAAUCACUCAGCAAACUAAUUAUGUUUAAUCAAGAUGUGUGAUACUUAUGUCUUAAUUGGUCCUCUGUGCCUGUUCCUGUUAACCCGUAUAUAUUCCAAGUGUUUUCCAUGAAGAGAAGGAUGAACAGUUGCUGUUGUUUUUACUCACCUUCCAAAUGCCUUUCAUUUUUGUCAGAUGACGCUGGUCUGAUCUUUGAAUCACCACAAAGAAAUGUUUGCACCAAAAAGAGAAAGAGAGAAAAAGAAAGAGGAAGGUAUUGAAACAUGAAUUUAUCUUCAUUCCCAGGUGUACAAAAAUCUAAACUUUGGUUAUUCUGAUGUGAAUUUAUGUUCAUAUUCUUUGCAUGGCAUUUUGGAAAUAUCUUGGAAAUAUUAAUCACAGCACAGAUUAUUUGUAUGGUUUCAAAUGGACCUCUGUAAUAUAAGAAAAAUAUUUAAUUGUAAUAAAUAAUAUAUGAGUUUGAA